GGACCAAGGUCGGGCCAUGGAGAAACUAAAAGGUCCCACUGAGGGAUGCACUAUGGCCACCUGUGGAUGGAGAGCCCUGCUCCUCCCGCAGCUGAACAGACAGUCGCUGUACUUGUACGGAAGCGAGGUGGCCGUGGAGAAGGAGUGCCUCCGACAGCUGGAGAGCGGGGUCUUUGUCAUUCACCCUUUCAGCCUCAUGAGGAGUUACUACAUCAUGUGCAUGAUGGCCAUCACGUUUCUCAACCUGAUCGGGAUUCCCAUGGAGAUAGCCUUUCUGGACGGGACCAGCGGGCUGGCGUGGGAAGGAUUUAACGUGUUUUCAGACACGCUGUUCCUGAUAGACGUGGCUCUGAAUUUCCGCAUGGGCAUCAUAGCAGAGGACAGCGAGGAAGCUAUUCUGGAUAUCAAGCGGAUCCGGCUCAGUUACCUGAGGACAUGGUUCAUACCGGACGUCAUAGCUGCUUUCCCGAUCGGCUACAUUCUGCUGUUUGCGGACUUGCAUUACCACAACGAUGACAACCCGUCCAAGACAAACAAGAUGAUGAGGAUCCUGAUGUUUGUUCGGAUCCUCAGCUUGAUCCGACUCGCCCGAGUGUCCCGGCUCGUCAGGUUCUUCAACGAAGUGGAGAAAGUGUCAAAUGCAAACCUGGAGGUGGUCCGCCUGUUCUUCCGCAUCCUGUCUUUGUUCAUGAUGAUUUUCCUGCUGUGUCACUGGAACGGCUGCAUCCAGUACUUCGUGCCCAUGCUGGAGGAGUUCCCCUCUGACUGCUGGGUCCGCAAAGAAAACCUGAUGAAUGCCACAGUGAUUGUGAAGUACUCAUGGGGAGUUUUUCGAGCUCUCUCACAGAUGAUUGCUCUCUCGUACGGCUCCAUGGACGCUCCAACAAAUUAUGUUGAGAUGUGGAUCGUCAUGGUCAGCAUGGUGUCCGGCUGUCUGAUGUACACCGUCCUCGUGGCCAACGCCACCGCCAUGAUAGCCAACACCGACCCGGCAGCCAAGGAGUACAAGAGCAAGAUGAGUCGCUUGGAGCACUACAUGGCCUUUAUGAAGCUCCCGCCCGAACUGCAGCUUCGCAUCAGCAACUACUACCAGGCUCGCUACGGAGGGAAGUGGUUUGACCAGAAGGACGUCAUGGACACGGUGUCCUCAGCACUCAAGGAGCAAAUCCUGACGGUGAUGUGCAGCCGGCUGCUGAGAAAAGCUCCAAUGUUUCAGAACCAAGAUGAAAACUUCAUCAGUGCCCUCCUCCCCAAACUGGAGUACGAGGUCUUCCAGGAGGGAGACGUCAUCGUCCGAGAGAACGUCCCGGGCGACCGCAUGUUCUUCAUCGACCACGGUCAGGUCCUCAUGGAGAGCGAGUCCUACGAUAGGGAACUGUGUGAUGGAGACUUCUUUGGAGAGACAUGUGUGCUGACCAAAGGCAAACAUCUGGCCACAAUGAAGGCGCUGACCGACUGCCAGUGCUUCACUCUGUCCUGCGAUGACUUCCGGGAGGUGCUGCAGGGCUUCCCAGAUGUCAAGAAGGACGUGGAGAAAAUGAUUGAGCUCAACUCUGAUGGUGGACUCGUGUAAAACCAAAAACAAGACUUUUUUCACUGAAUGCUGCGGAAAUUAACAGGAGAAAUGAUGUUAUUAUA